AUGUCGGAUAAUUAUUGGAACCAGCCCGGUCAGCGUACCUCGUGCAACUCGCGGGGUCACCGGGGUCCACGGGCUCAGCAAGCUUCACAGGCACAGCAGCCUCCGCAGGCACAGCAGCCUCCACAGGCACAACAACAUCCCCAGGCACAGCAGCCUGCGCAAGCCCCUCAGGCACAGCAGCCUCCGCAAGCGCAGCAGGCUCAACAGGUGCAAGUCACGGCAGAGGACGAGGACGAGGGCGAGGAGGCGGACCCGAAUGGGCAGGUGGCCCAGGGAACUCAGCAGGCUCAAGGCGGGCCAAAUGCGCCGCACGCAGGAAAUGCGGCGAGCGCUGCGCUUCCGCCAAACACACCAAACCUGCCUGCUCCGCCAAGCACACCGAACGUAGUACUUGUAAACGGAGUACACGGCGCAAAUCAAGUGAACGGGCCAACCCCAGCUACCGGGGUUCACGGGGUACUAGCUAGACCAAACCCCCAAGUGAACGGGUUAGUCCCGGUAGUCAGGCCAAACCCCCCAGUAAACGGGGUUAACUUUGUUAACGGGGUAAAUCCAGUAGCUAGGCCAAACAGCCAAGUGAACGGGUUAGUCCCGGUAGACAGGCCAAACCCAAACCCCGGGCUUGUCCCCGUAAAUGGAGUCAACUCCCAACGAGGUAUACAAGUACGAGGACCGUUCCAGCGGGUCGGGAACCCGGACUACCAGAUCCGCUACAUGCUGCUCAACGAGACCACAGCCUGGACGGCCAUUCGGUGGCUGGCCCCAGGCCCCGUCGACUGGCAUGGGGCGCCGGUGGAUGCAUUGAAUCUGGAGUUUCGGUUGGUGCGGCAACGGUUCCCCCACGCAGUGACGCUGCACGGCAGCAUCACGCAGUCGCCAAUAAUACGUCUUUUUCGCGAGGCGCGGCCCUGGGCCGCCGGCGUCGAAGUCCCGAUCCGGGAUACCCAGGUGGUGGCGGAGAGUAGGGACCUAAACUUGAUGGAUCCCGCCCAUAUGCGCCUGAUCGGUGAUUGGAAGCGUGCUAUUCCCAUUAAUCCGGUGACCCAUCGGUGA